CCAACCUUUUUUUUUUUCCCUUCUUCGAAAUCGCUUCGACGCUCCAACGCAUCUUUGCCUUCUACCCCAUCCGCUCGCCACGUCCCUUUGCGGGUGCCAGCUUUCCUCCCGUCAUCGGGCUCCUUUUUAGUCGCACCCACACAACAACCACCUGCCCACCCGGACAUCUCCUUUCAGUUCCUUUCCUCUUCAUUUAUGGUCGCAUCCCGACUUCCCCUACCCAAAAUAUCCACAUUGUCGUCACGCCGAUCAUCGAUGCCUUUGCGGUCCCUCUUCACCUGUUGACCCGGCUGUUUCGCAAGAACGACGACUACUCCUGCCGCAAUCGAUAACGCUAGUCGAAACCGCCGCAACACCCACGCGCGCGAUUGAGACCACUUCCCGCGUCUCGCAACCCACGACCCUCAUCGCUCUCGCGUCGCGCCAUCACCACCUCGCCCGACAAUCAACCCGUCACGUCGCGGCCGAUUGCCAAUACGGUUGAAAGAUCCAUCACGUCUAGGGCGCAGGCGCAUGAGAUAGUGCGGAGGGCAGAAACGUCGAUAUCCACGCUGUGGAUCAUCGACACGCUGAAGACAUGAUGACGAGUAUGGGACCGUCUUUUGCAGGCCAUCCUGCCGGCAUGCAACAACAUCCAGGUGUUCCCGGCCAUCCCAUGGCUCAGGGAAUGCCUCACAAUCCGGGUCAGCAAGGCCCACAGGGCGGAGGAAUGCCUCACCAGAUGCAUAUGGCGGUGUCAGGGCCUGGUGGUCAGGUUAAUCCAAACCAGUUGAUGGGCGGCAUGCCGCCGGGUGCCGGUGGUCCCAACGCUCACGCUCUGCAGCAUCUCAAUCCUGCCCAAAACCCAAUGUUCCAGCAGAACCAGUUCGGUAACUUCAACAACCCAGCCGCGAUGGCGCAUGCCACCCAGCUCGCGCAGCAGCGGUUAUUCCAACAGCAGCAACAGGCACGGCAGGCGCUCAUGGCGCAGCAGGCCUUUAACGCGAAUAUGGCCGGCGUCAAUGGAAUGCCCAUGGGCAUGCAGAUGAACCCCAUGAACGCGGCUCAGCUUGCGGCAAUGCGCCAGGGCAUGCGACCGCAGGGACACAACCCUCAGGCACAGGCAAUGCUCGCCCAACAGAUUGCGCUCCAGCAGCACCAAGCCGUCCAGAACCAGCAGAUGCAACAGGGCCAGCAGCAGGGCCAGCCGGUCCAGAUGAACCCUCAGCACAUGCAACUCCAGCAGGCCCAAAUGGCUGCUUCGAUGCAGGCCCAGCAACAACAGCAGCAGCAGCAAGCACAGCAACAACAGCAGGCCCAGCAGCAGGCCCAGCAGCAGCAGGCUCAACAGCAGCAACAGCAGCAGGCUCAACAGCAGGCCCAGCAUCAGCAGCAGCAGCAACAGGGUCAGCCUCAGGGUCAACCGCAACAGCCCCAGCCGCAACCUCAGCAGACGCCGCACCAAACACCGCAGCAGCAAUCUGCUCAGCCCGUCAACCCUCAGUCUGCCGGCCAACCCACGCCAUCCCAGACUCCUGGGCCUGCUCCGAAUCAGCAGCCGCAGCCUCCUCAGGCCCAAGCCCAACCUCAAGGACCCCCUCAGAUGGCUCCCCAACCCGGACCGCAACAGAUGAAUCCUGCACAGCAGGCCGCUGCCCAGGCUGCCGUCGCCAACAGCAUGGCUAUGGCGCAGCAAAGAAGAGAAGGGAUGAAGGGGCACUGCCUGCUCAAACUCAUGCAGUUCAGCGAGCACUUGAGCGGUUUUCCCGGUUCCAAGGGCAAGGACGACCUGUCCUACUGGAACAGCUUCGUCAGCCAGUUCUUCUCUACAAAGGGCGUUUUCCGCCACUCGGUACAUAUCACGGAUGUCGAAGACCAGGCGGACAAGCAAUACGAAAUCACAUACCCCGCCCUCCCGCGAUAUUUCCACACCCACUUCGACAGUGGUGUGAAGAACAUGCAGUUGAUUAUGGAGAAGGGAACCACGGACAGGCCGCUUCCCGGUGAUGGCCAUUGGAUCGAGAACACCAAGUCGAGCCUCGUCUACUGGUUCGAGAGCGGAUCGCACCUCGUUGCGACGGGUACCGUCCGGGCGCACUUUGAUGCGGAGCAGAAAAUUGAGCUCUUUGAGUUCCUGACCAGCAACCACGAAGAAUACAUCUCGCGGAAGGCUGCCAUCGAGGCGGCGAAGCCUGUGCACAACUGGGUCAAGGAGUGGCACAAGGUCAACUCCCAAGACAGUAAGGCUUCGCCGGAGAUGAGCAAGAAGGGUAAAGCCCGUCCCAUGAAGUCUCCGCAAAAUCCUCCGCCAGAAGCGCUGGUGGAUCUUCCGGAGUCGGCAGUGAAGAGGGGCAUGGGGGUUACUGAAGCCGUCUUCCAAUUCCUCGAGAUUGCUGAAGUGAUCGGCCAAAUGAACCCUCUAUUCGCCUUUUAUCACACCCACCCCAACCUCGGCCCCUACGCUGCCCUGGAGCAGUACGUCGGCCAGAUCAACGCGGCGCCGCCAAACAUGAAUGGUCAACCCAUGCCUCAGGGCCCUAGGACACCCAGCUUCGGCCAGUUCCCGAUGGGCGCGAGCCCAGCACAGCCGCAUAUGCAGCUUCCUGGCUCGCCUCAUGUCCAGGGCAGCCCUGCUCAGGGUCACAUGCAGGCACCCGGCAUGCAGAUGCAGCAGAGCCAGCAAGGUACCAGCUCCAGCGGGCCUAGUGCAAACACGUCUCCAGCCUCCAACAAGCGAAGACGCCCAUCUGGUGUCAAGAUGGAGGAGGAUGGCUCCCAGGCGCCGACUCCCGGCGGUCCUCAAGUCAACGGGGUUCAGAACAAGGGCAAGCCGCCUACGCCGCGGAUGGCAAAGAGGAUGAAGGGCAACCCGGCAUGAGCUGGUGGUCUCGUCUCUGGACGUCCAGGUUCUGCUCUAAUUUGAGUCCGGCUACGCAGGCACAGUAAUGCCUUUUUUAUAUCAUCAUUAUGCAGCAUGGCGGCGUCUUAGUGCUUGGCUUUCUGGCUCUGGGAUCUUCAGGGUUGUUCAUUCGCGGGUGUCCGGCAAGCAUUUGGUCGUUCGGAGCUGGUCGGAAACCAUCUUCGGUCUAUCCCUCAAGGUGUUCUCGUUCGGCAUCCGGAUUUGCGCCCCUUUCGACUACGCCCACCCGGAGGGCGGAGGACAGGCAAGUACCUGCACGGGCACGGGGUUGCGACGUCACCAUUUUGUCUGCCGUACAAGUGGUGAUGCACGCGCCCCCAAAGAAGGCGCUUCUCGCUCUUUGCGAGGGGGCAAGCCAGGGCGGCAAGUUGUCGUUCUUCAAACGAGAUGCACAGAGGCUAAUCAAGACAACGAAUGUUGUUCAUGUUUCUACAACCCCACCCACUUGUACGAUAUCAUGCCCGACUACGGUCUAGCUAGGGCUCACUGUUUCAUGUUCUUAUCCCGUCGACCUUGCCUUGCUGCUAUUUUCACCUCUCGAGUCUAUUCUCGAUCACGUUUCCAUAACUCUUGUUCUUACUGGCGAGGAAUCAGUUGGGGGAAAGUUGGGUUUCUAAAAAAAAGAAGUUCUCUGGGGAAUUCCUGGUGGGAAAGAUAUUUGUUCCAGUCUUCCGGCGGCGGAGAGGGGUGGUGUUUUGUCGGCGUAGUCGUUGUCGAUUGCCUUUGUUCUGUUCCAUAUCACAAAUACCUAGUCUCUCAUCGGAAAGGAAAUAUGCAUACCCCCCAAGGAUGUUUGUCAACCUCGUAUGUGUAGUGGCUUUGCCAGAGUGGUGACUUGACGUUGGGUGAACUGAUUUGGCCGGCGCCCCUAAUGUCUGAUGACGGUCAUAUUCCCCUCGUCAUUUCGACUUACGUUGUUCGUUUGGAUUAUAUGUGUCAACAAGCCUGUGAGGCGGCCUCACAGGCUUCAACAGAUUACCCUCCUGCGAAGUAAUCCCACAACCUUUCAACACUACCGCGACUGAAAACAAGUACAUAUAGCAGGGCAGCAGCAGCGGCCGACUUGCUUUCUUCUCAGGCUGUGCAUGGAAUAAAUACGUAGCACACUUUUUCUCCCCCUUACCCCUGGACGCCAACCACUACCCCCAUUCUCCGGGCCUCUCGCCGCACCUAAAUCCUAACGACAAUAGCCUCCCUCACCAGCCGGUCCUUGAUGCCCCCGACAACGGCGGCAUUCACAAGAACCGUCUCGCCCGGCCGCCUCCUGCCGCCACCCCACCAAACGUGCACCCAGGCUGCGAGACACUGCCCCAGAGCCGCCCAGCCCCGAGCCCACGCCCUCGGGUCGCCGCUGGCCCUGGCGAGGGCCUCGCGUAGCACGACGUCCUCGUACGCCGCCUGCAGUGGAUCGAAGGCGACGGUCUCGCGCCCAUGGCCGCAGUGGACGUGACCGAAGACGUGCAGCCGCGGCCGGGCGCGCCAGAGCUCGCGCAGGAGGAGCUCACAGCCCCAGCCGCCGCGCGGGUCAUCCAUGUGGCCCUUGGGCGGGCCGUGGGUGACGAGGACGUCGGUUGAGGCGGGCACGGCGCCGGCCCAUGGGUCCUCGGCCGGUGACCGCGGGUACUGGAACGCCCAGGCGCCGUGGCGCGGGGUGUAGGGGCUGCCGUAGACGCGGAUCCCACGCGGCCGGCCAGGGAGUUUGAGAGUCAUCGAGGUGCGGUUGAGGUAGGUGAUGUCGCCCCAGUCCAGGGGGUUCCCUUCGUCGUCAUCGUCGUCGUCUUGGCCUCCCGCGGAUUCGUCCGCUUUCUCAUCUCGGCUGCGCCCAGCCACCGGGCUCCUCCCCCCGAUCCCCGAGGAUGAUAGGCUCUCAUCGAGACACAGGUCGUGGUUCCCGGCGACGACGAUCUUGUGUCUGUGAGGCUGGACUUUCAGCCAGUCCAGCGCGCGUCUCAACUCCCCCCUCGUGCCCGACGCCGUGAGGUCGCCCGCGUGGACGAGGAUGUCUCCCGGCGGCAGGCGCGGCUGGAAGUUGUGCGUGUCGGAGAUGCAGACCACCGUCACCGAGUGGCCGUCGCUGUCGUGCCCGGUAACGGGAUAUGAGACGGGGAAGAAGUCGUUUAGGUACCUGGCCAUCGUCGUCAGAGGAUUCAGGCGCAGCCGCUCCCACAGGGUGCCAUCGGACCGGUCGAGGAUGGCGUCUAAGCCGGAUGGUGUACGGAAGAAUGCCAUCUUCCCCGGUGUUGUUAGUUUCUAAGGCGAUGACGGCUCGUGUUUUGGCCGGUACGAUGUAACAUUGAGAAUCCAAAGGAUGUUGGGAGAGCAAUUCCGUUCCGAGUAAGACGUCAGCGCGCCAGUUUCCGUCCUUUAUCGUUCGUAUAAGGGCGAGGGCGAGGGUGUUCUUAUAUAUGGCGAGAGGAAAGACCCGGCUGGCUCUGUCUAGCCUACGAUCCGGUAACACCAGCAGCACCUUGUGAGUCCGCGGUCGCGUUAUACAAGGGGACCUGUGCGCGGAUGGGUUUGCGAUGGUGAGGUCUGUCCGACCACUUUCCCCAGCCGCGUGAUUCCCCCUCAGUGACAUGCUUGUGACAAAUCACCAAAGUCCCUGCAGGUAACAACAGGUUUAUUGGAAGGUGCCAGUCAGCAAACCCGCCUAGGGGGGGGGGAUAAUGCGUUGGAACUGGACCAAGUUGUGCCAGUGAACCACGCAUCCCACGCUGUUCGUCUAAUGUUUUCUUUGGUUUGCGAAGGUUGCCAUUGUAACAGUGAGUAGAGUAGUUAAGCAGAAGAGAAGUGGUGGUUGUUUAAAAGCAUUUUGUCGUUCCUGCCAGCAACAGACACUGUUUGCAAAAUUUCUUAGUGAGGACCAACCAACAACGUCUGGCUAGUUACACACAGAGCAAGCAAGCCU